AUGAAGGAAGUAAAGGGUAAAAAGGUGGACGCCGGCAUGGUCUACUACUGUCCGGAGAAGGAGACGAUCGUCCUCUACUUUCCCAAGCCGCUCCACAAAGGUCGCGCCAAUCUGACCAUUAACUUCUCCGGCAACCUCACUGAAAUGUCCCUUUCUGGUUUCUACAAAUCCCAAGCCGCCGAUCCCUUAAACCAAAUUACCACCACCGAUUUUGGACCGACCGACGCCCGGCGCCACUUUCCCUGCUUCGACGAGGCCCACUUCCGGGCCGUCUUUGACCUGUACCUGAUUGUACCUCGAGGCUAUCAGGCGCUUUUCAAUGCUCCCAGCAACCGCCGACGCCCCUACUCAGCCGACUCUGAGGAGGUUCGCUUUGAAAGUACCCCGCCCCUGGCGCCCUUUCAGCUGGCCACCGUCGUCGGACCAAAGUUUUCGGUGGCCCGUCUGAACAAUGAGACAAACGCGAUUUCAAAUGAAACCAGCUCCAACAAAGUUUCCAUCUCUGUCUACUCACCUCGUAAACCAGUUCAAGAAGAGGAAGAAGAAGAAAAAGAAGAGCAAAACCAAGAAGAGGAGGCGUGGCACUACGCCCUCGACACCACCGAAGAGCUGCUCACCUUCUUCCGGUACUACUUCGACCGGCCCUUUCCCUUGAGCAAACUCGACCUGGUCGCCCUGCCAAACUACGAACAGGCGUCCAUUGAGAAGCUCGGUCUGAUGAUCUUCUCCGACCAGCAACUGCUCAUUGCCAAUCAGA